AACUAAGCGCAUAUAAACGCAAUUACUGUAAUAUUUUCAAACAGAGUUAUCCCGACACGAACGUGCGAACGACUCCAAAAUGGUACACUACCUCCUCGUGUUAACACUUGCAGCGGCUGUCAGCGCCAGAACAGCUAGCACAAACCAAAACAGUCUGGACGAGGGCAGGAGUUCAGAUGACACAAUAUUAGGAGACCUCAAAGUUGCCUAUGAAACAUACAGAGACUGCAGUGGUAGCGAUAUUGGCAGCUGCUUGAAGUUGAAGCUAGCCAAGGCGCUUAACAGGAUCUCAAAGAGCGAUGAAGUCACUCUUCUCGGUGGAGUCACGAUCACAAAAGACAAGGAUGCAGUCGAGAAAGUGCAGGAGGAGGCGAUUCCAAGAAAUCUUGAUGAGAGCUCCUUGGACAACCUCAUUUUGGACAAAAUCGUUGGAUUCAUGCAAUCUCAUACGGUCCAGAUCAAAUUCCCCACCGGUUCGGACCUUCAGCGCGCGUUCGACGAAGGUCGUGGAAGGAGGAAGAAACUCGCCCCACUCCUUGCGAUCCCACUUCUGAUCGGUGGUAUGAUCGUACCCCUGGCCUUCGGAGCCCUGGCCCUCCUCGCUGGAAAGGCCCUAAUUGUCUCCAAGUUGGCUUUGGUGCUUGCUGGUAUCAUUGGUCUGAAGAAACUUCUCUCAUCAAGUGGAACAGGAGAAGCUCAUGAGGUGGUGGUCUCUGCUGGACACGGUGGAGCUGGUUGGAGCAGAAACAUGCGGAUCGCAUUUGCCCUAUUUUUACUUGCGUCCGUGCGGGCCAUGCCUGCACUGGACAAAGAAGAGCAUGGAGCCGUUGGGAACGUCCUUGGUGUUGUAAAACAGUGCUUCGAUGGAGACGUCUCGCUGUGCCUUAAGGAGAAAGCUUUGAAGUAUGUGGAGACGUUAUCAUCUGCCCGGGAAAUGAAUCUGGUUGAAGGAAUUACCCUGGUUGGAACUGGGUCUCCCAGGUCUGCGAGAGCCUACGAACCUCUGGCAGAUGAACCAAAGGCCAGGGAAGCGCAAGUGGAGUCCAGGCUUGUUGAUUCUGCGGCUGACUUCUUGGAGAACCAUGUUAUCGAAUUCCGUUUGCCAUCCUCAGCUGUAGAAGGCAUGAAACGCUCACUCGAUGAAGCUCGUGGCAAAAAGAAGAAGUUGAAGCAGCUCAUCCCUCUUCUUGCCAUCGCUAAGCUCAAGAUCUUGGCUCUCAUCCCUCUCUUCCUUGGAAUAAUCGCAUUCGCCGCCGCCAAGGCCGUCCUUCUUGCCAAGAUUUCGCUCCUUGUUGCCGGAAUCAUUGCCCUGAAGAAACUCCUGGCCAGUAAACAUCAUGAGACCAGCUACGAAGUUGUAGCUCAUCCACAUCAUGAAGAACACUACCCAAGCAGUGGCCAUGGAUGGGGCAGAACAAUCGAUGAAGCUCAAGACUUAGCGUAUUCAGGCCAUGUCAAAUCUGAUUAGGUUCCACAAGGACCUAUACUCGAUCCACAUUUAUUUGUAAAGUACACAGAUGGAAUUACGACGUGAACGAGCGAAAUGACUUAUUUAUUGAUAGGUUUAAGGUUAUUUAACUAUUUAUUGUUAAGCUCUUUGUAAGAGCGUGGCGAAGUUCGCUACAGUUGUUUCGUUUUCAAUAAUAUGUUCUGAAUUUGUAUGAUCCCCUGUUAUACUAUAUUAGUAUAUUUUAUACCCUAUACGGUAUCCGUAUUUGUGUAUUUGUUUUUUACAAAUAUUGAUACUUACUUUAUCUUAUUUCUAUAGCUAUUUUGUGAUCUAGUCCUUUAAGCCCUUAGAUAGUCCUAAUAUUAUCAUGUAUAUAUUAUAUUAUACGUGUUCAUAGAUAUUUUAAAACUCUAUUUAUAUAUUGUAAAUAUUGUAUAUACUUAUGUUUAUUUAACGUUUUACCUCCAAUCGUCCGAAUUUAUAUUGUAUAUCAUACUAUGUAAGUACAAUAUCUCUUAUUAUUCUAUGUACUUAUAUAUACUCAUUCUUUAAUAUUUAUAUUUUAUGUAAACAUUUUAUAUAUUAUACCUUUUCUCUCAAUUUAAACAUGCAACCUCUCAAACGCCAAAGGAGAAGUUAAUAUAUAACUAUUAUAUUUCAUGUACAAAAAGUUAUAUUUAUACAUGUCUACUAUAUAUUGUUAGUAUGACAAAUUCGUACAAAUAAAGAACUGAAGUUAA